GAGCUCGGCGUCCUGUGGGCCUGCCCACCGGGGGUCUCACUCACCGGCGGGACCCUGGGCAUACCCUGCGCCGCGGCUCCUCUGCCCCGGAGCCCGAAAGGCAUUGACCGACACCACUUGGAUGAAUUUAACUACCUCCUAGGAGACUUGAAUGUUACAUUUCUAUAAACAAAGAAACCGGUUGGUUCUCUCAUGUUUGGAGCAAUGCUGAAAUUCCAAGAGGCUGCUAAAUAUGUGAGUGGAUCAAUAGCCAUUUCCACUUAUCCAAAGACCUUGAUUGCAAGAAGGUAUGUUCUUCAGCAGAAACUUGGCAGUGGAAGUUUUGGAACUGUCUAUCUGGUUUUAGACAAGAAAGCCAAACAAGGAGAGGAAUUAAAGGUAUUGAAGGAAAUCUCUGUUGGAGAACUCAAUCCAAAUGACACUGUGCAGGCCAAUUUGGAGGCCCAGCUCCUUUCCAAGCUGGACCACCCAACUAUUGUCAAGUUCCAUGCAAGCUUUGUGGAGCAAGAUAAUUUCUGCAUUAUCACGGAGUACUGUGAGGGCCGAGAUCUGGACUGUAAAAUUCAGGAAUAUAAAGAAGCUGGAAAAAAUUUUUCAGAAGGUCAAAUAAUAGAAUGGUUCGUCCAGCUGUUGCUGGGAGUUGACUACAUGCAUGAAAGGAGGAUACUUCAUCGAGAUUUGAAAUCAAAGAAUAUAUUCCUGAAAAAUAAUCUACUUAAAAUUGGGGAUUUUGGAGUUUCUCGACUCCUAAUGGGAUCCUGUGAUCUAGCCACCACUUUAACUGGAACUCCCCAUUAUAUGAGUCCGGAGGCUCUGAAACACCAAGGCUACGACACAAAGUCAGACAUCUGGUCUCUGGCAUGCAUUUUAUAUGAGAUGUGCUGCAUGAAUCAUGCUUUUGCUGGCUCCAAUUUCUUGUCCGUUGUUUUAAAAAUUGUUGAAGGCGACACUCCUUCUCUCCCUAGGAGAUAUCCGAGAGAGCUGAAUGCCAUCAUGGAACGCAUGUUGAACAAGAAUCCUUCACUGAGACCAUCUGCUUUAGAAAUUUUAAAAAUCCCUUACAUUGAUGAACAACUACAGCACCUGAUGUGUAGGCAUUCAGAAAUGAGUCCAGAAGAUAAGAAUUUAAAUUGUCAGAAGGAAGCUGCUCAAAUAAUUGAUGCCAUGCAGAAGCAGACCCACCUGCAGACCCUGCGGGCGCUCUCCGAAGUGCAGAAAAUGACACCGAGAGAACGGAUGCGGCUGAGGAAGCUCCAGGCAGCUGACGAGGAGGCCAGCAAGCUGAAAAAGCUUGUGGAAGAAAAAUAUGAAGAAAAUAACAGACGAAUGCAAGAAUUGAGAUAUCGGAAUUUUCAGCAGCUAACUGUUGAUGUACUCCAUGAAUCUGACCGCCGGACUUCAGAGAACCUGCCUGAGUCUCAGCCCAUUCCUUGCCCGGACCUCGGUGUGCUGGAGGCGAGUGUAGAGGACACCACGGCGGACUUUGGGGAUCAUGGGAUCCCAGAAGACCCACUUAUGGCUGAGGAGUAUUAUGCUGAUACGUUUGAUUCCUGUUCUGAAGAGAGUGAAGAGGAGGAAGAAGAAACAGCAUUCUCAGGACUGGAGGAAGAGGUCAAGGAUGAGGGACCCCAGCCCGAUUACAGAGCAAGCCAGCAGGGCAGUGACAUUGAAGCACUGGUCAGGUGUUUGGAAAACGUCCUGGGCAGCCCCUCUCUCGACACAAGGACAAUCAGCAGCACGAUUACUGACAUGUCCCAGGGACCGACAAUUUUCAACAGUGCAAUGACCGGGACCAAGAUGCAACGCAUGAGGGACUCAGCCCUGCAGAAACUGGGAGCAGAGGUAUUUGAGGAGGUCUAUCACUACCUCAAGAGAGCAAGGCGGCAGAACGCCAGCGAUGCGGAGGUCAGGGCGUCUCUGGAAAAAGUGGUGCCUCGUGCCAGUGACUGCUUCGAAGUGGACCAGCUCCUCUACUUCGAGGAGCAGCUGCCGAUCAUGGGAGAAGGGCCCGCACGGCACAACCACCGCAAACGAUUGUCAAAAGCAACUUCAAGGGGCACAUUGCUGUGAAAAUCUAUUCAACACCUAAGUUGGACUCUAUUGUGGGAGAUGGGUACAGAGCUGGACCUACCAUCUUUACUUUUAAUUCCUUAGCAAAAAGGGAAUGAGUAGCAGAAUCACAGGUCUGCCUAUACUAUGAGUCAUGGGCCAGCCAGUAUUAGUGUUGUUAGGGCUAUACUCUGAGCUGCAUUCCCAGGAGUGUGCCCUCGAGGCACCCCUGGGGCCAGCCACCGAGGAUGCCUGGGAGGAGCCCUGUGCUCUGCAUCACCUCCAUUCGGAGGACGGACUCGGGGCCUCUGGCUGCGUCUAUGGACUCUGGCCAGCCU